AUGCCGAAUCUAAUUCAAAAGUUACGGGUAAACAGGAGCACAUUAUGGCGGCGCCAGUUGAAGGAAAAAGACCCUGAGAAAUACAGACGCUAUUUAGAGCAACAGAGAGUGAGAUCCCAAGUGGCUCGAAAUCGAUUAAAGUUGGCUAUCAGCAUGGUAAAAAGUUCACCAAUGAAGAUGUUGAAAACUGAUCGACAUAAGAAACAGAUAUCAGAAAGAAACACCUCUGGAGUAAGAGGACCCCAGCUGGCUAAUCUUCCAAAUAAUGAUUUUUCAUCAGAAAAAGCAGAUGAGCCAAAAAUUGUUCUUGACAAAUUGCCACACCAAAUAAAAAUUUUUAAGAUGUUUCAUAUAUUGUCCAGUGGUGUCCACCUGAAACAUGCACAAACUUUAGCCCAAAUAUCUGUUCAGUAUUACUGGCCAACAAUGAGAGAAGAUGUAAGAAAAUGGGUAUCUGAUUGUAAAGUCUGUGAAAAUCAGCCAACACAUACAAAGAAAAUUAUUGCACUACAGUCUGACAGCUCUGCAUCCUGGCAACCUACAAGUUUAUCUGAUUUGGAUGGCAAUAGUGGCUCAUGGUCAAAAAGAAACUACCAAAAUUCUGUUGCAGGCAGUUGCUAG